AUCGGAAGUAUGACAUCCCUGUCUUGGAUCCACUAGUGGUCGACAAACUUUCUCUGACACACAUGGGUUUAAACGCAUCUUCCAGCAAUUUCACCAUCGUGGGAGUGAAGGAUGCCUUUUUUGAGGAUAUCAGCAUUGACUUCGAGAAGCAGAUCAUCCGAGUUUCGUUUCUAAUUCCGCAUGCUGUGCUGAAUGGAGAUUACUCAAUAGCUGGGAAUUUGGUAGGACUCCCGAUAUAUGGCAAAGGACUCUACGAACUCUCCUUUGAUGGGCUCAGUGCCAAUUAUUCAACAAACUACUCCCUGACCACGUUACAGGACGGUGAACUGUAUGUGAUUCCGCAAGCUUAUGACUUCGAUUUCGAUGUGAAGUUGAUGAAAGUGCACGUCGAGAACCUUUUCAACGGGAAUAAAUUUCUCGGUGACAACAUGAACACAUUUCUCAAUGAAAACUGGCGUCUCGUCAUUGAUGACCUUGGCAAGCCUAUGUCCCACGCCUUAGGCAGCAUAGUGCACAGAAUUCUUUCGAACAUCUACAAGAAGAUUCCAUUCAAAGAAAUGUUUGCCGAAUGAGUCAGACCCGUUAACUGCAUGUUUUAGAAGUUAUACGUUGCAUUCGAUCUCAUAUACUUCAAUAUAACCACUCCAGCUUUUCGAACCAGUUUACUCAGCUUCUCAGUGUAUUCGUCUCAAGGGUCCCUUGAUCGAAAACAGAUCACAGAGGCAGAUAAUUAGUUCUGAAGUCUAUAAGUCCGUCCAGUACAACAGUUCCUUCCAGACUCUCUGUCACAAUAUAGUCCUUCUGAUAUGUAGUUAUACAGACUUAAAAUAUUUUCUAAUAAAGAAUAUAAAUCAUGUGUAGCAAAACUUCUCUUUCACUGGCAUCUACUUUAUUAAACCAUUUCAUACAGAAUGAA